UAUUAUUAUACCUUUCUCUUCACCACGCCAGUAAAAAGAUCAACACUCCAUAGUUUCAAGUUCUAGAAUCAGUUACAACCAACCUGCAAUCGAUUCCGAGUCAUAUUAAUGUCUCUCUCCCACUCUCAAAUCGGUUAUUUGAUUCCUCUGAAUCAAAAUUUCGAAGAAGAAAAAGCUUCAACUCCCAAGCUAGCUAUCUCAGACGGCACAAAUAUCAUCGGUCGGAACAACCUCGCCGUCACCGACAAGAGGCUCAGCCGCAAACACCUCACUAUAACCACUUCUACCGAUGGCACUGCAAAUUUGCAUGUGGAAGGGACGAAUCCAGUUGUUGUUAAUUCUGGAAAUAAGAGAAGGAAGCUUAACUCCAAAGAAACGGUUACUAUUUCUAAUGGAGAUGUAAUUGAGCUCAUUCCUGGUCACCACCUUUUUAAGUAUCAUGUAUUGCAAAAAUCUUCAAGUGGUGCAGACAAAGAAGCCCGUGAACGAGGAAGAAAUGCAGUGAUCCAAAAGUGUGACAAAAUUGCAGUGACACAAAAGCGUGGUUAUUCCCGGUCACGUGAGGAAGCUAUUCGUGAUUUCCAUGUACCCGAAGAUCAAAUACCUUGCACCUUUCGACUUUUGCGUGUGCAAAGGUUACCACCUUGGGCUAAUACUUCAUCUGUUUCGAUAAGCGAUGUUAUACAGGGGGAUAUUCUAGUUGCUAUCCUUUCAAACUACAUGGUAGACAUUGACUGGUUGGUUCCUGCUUGUCCUGCACUCUCAAAAGUUCCCCACGUGCUUGUUCUUCAUGGAGAGAGUGAUGAGAGGGUGGCUUGCAUGAAGAUAAGCAAACCUAAAAAUUGGAUUUUGCAUAAACCGCCUCUUCCAAUUUCAUUUGGGACACACCAUUCAAAGGCCAUGCUUCUUGUAUAUCCUCGAGGAGUAAGAGUCAUUGUACAUACGGCAAACUUAAUUUAUGUAGAUUGGAACAAUAAAAGCCAAGGUCUAUGGAUGCAAGACUUUCCAUGGAAAGAUCAAAAUAGUCUGAGCAAGGGAUCUGGAUUUGAAAAUGAUUUGGUUGAAUAUCUCAGUGCACUGAAGUGGCCAGAAUUCUCUGUUAAUCUUCCAUCCCUCGGAAACUUUAGCAUAUGUCCAUCAUUUUUCAAGAAGUUUGACUAUAGUGAUGCAAUGGUUAGAUUAAUUGCAUCUGUACCUGGAUAUCAUUCUGGUAAUGGUUUGAAAAAGUGGGGUCAUAUGAAGCUUCGUUCUGUGCUCCAAGAAUGUACAUUUGAUGAAGAGUUUAAGAAAUCCCCCCUUGUUUAUCAGUUCUCCUCCCUUGGCUCUUUAGAUGAAAAGUGGAUGAUUGAAUUGGCAUCAUCAAUGUCAGCAGGUCUCUCUGAAGAUAAAGUACCCCUUGGCAUGGGGGAGCCCCAAAUAAUAUGGCCUACUGUAGAAGAUGUCAGAUGCUCAAUAGAGGGUUAUGCUGCUGGAAGUGCAAUCCCAAGUCCUAUGAAGAAUGUAGAGAAAGCAUUUUUGAAAAAGUAUUGGGCAAAAUGGAAAGCAAGCCAUACUGGUCGCCACCAUGCUAUGCCACAUAUAAAGACUUUUGCUCGUUACAACAAUCAGAAUCUCGCUUGGUUCUUGUUAACUUCUGCAAAUCUGAGCAAAGCUGCCUGGGGUGCUCUUCAGAAGAAUAACAGUCAGUUGAUGAUUCGUUCGUAUGAGCUGGGAGUGCUCUUUCUACCGUCAGUAUUGAAACGCAGAUGUGGAUUUUCCUGUACCGGUCAUGUUAAAAAAUCUCAGGAUAAAUGCGCAACACAGGGAACAUCUGAAACGAAGAAAACAAAGCUAGUAACCCUAGCUGCGCCGACAAGGGAUACUAUACAUUCAUCUUCAGAAGUUAUCAUCCAGUUACCUGUGCCUUAUGAACUCCCUCCACUGCCAUAUUCUUCCGAAGACGUGCCUUGGUCUUGGGACCGGCGAUAUUUUAAGAAAGAUGAUUAUGGUCAGGUUUGGCCUCGGAUGUAAGCAGUUCAAGAUUGAUGGCAUAGUUCAAGAUUGAUGGCAUUCUAAGUGUACAUAUGAGUUGGUUCCCUCUCCCCUAUCUAAUUCAGUUGUAGUAAGUAGGCCAGUUAAAAAAACUACCAAACCGAUUCGAAGUUAAAAUAACCAAACCAUUAUGUUUGGUUAGUGAACCCAACCGAAACUUAAAUCGAAAAUGAAAAAUAUUAAAAACAAGUUUAAAAUGUUUUAUUUAAAAGAUUCGGGAAAAAGUAUUAUAGUUUGGUUCUAACAAAUAAUUUGGUUUGAGAAAAAUUGUCUUCUAGCGUUCGGACUUCUGAACCGGUAUAUCGAACCAAUAGUUUUGUUUCGGAAUUUUGAACCGGUAUACCGAAUCAAUAGUUUUGGUUCGGUUCGAUUAUGCGUAAAUUCGAACGGUUUGAUUCGGGUGACAUUUUAUCAUGGUUCAGUUCGAAUUUUUGAUUGAAUUGUAUCGGGAAAAGCUCUAGUGGUAAGUUGAACAUAACACAAUUGGUUUUGCAACAAAGAAAUCCCUUAAUUUGGAAAUGAUAGGAUGUGUUGCAUUGCAUCAUGUGCUUCCCCUUAAUUUGGAAAUGAUAGGAUGUGUUGCAUUGCAUCAUGUGCUUCAUGAAGUUUUAAGUCUAUAUAUUUAUUUAUAGGGUAAUGCUAACGAGUGCCCCCGGACACUGGUUAAGAGAUUAAAAAGGUAAGUUGAAUAUUGUUUAAUAAAUUAAAAAUAUAUGUUUUUAUCUAAAAUAUAUGUAUUCAAUGUAUUGAAAACAUAAAUAAUUAAAUUUUUUUAAAGAAUAUUGUGUGUAUUCAAUGGAUUGAAUCUAGAAUAUUUUUUUUAUUUGGAAUACUUAACUAAUGCCCUCGUUAAUUAAUGCCCGAUCCUUAUUUAUAUAUUAUAUUGAUUCAUAGAUAUAAAAU